AUCUCGUUUUUCAUGUUUGAGCAACCAACAUACACCUAUUUUCUGCUUCUUCUCUUUGUAAAAUUCAUCUUUUCGUCUGUAAAAACAAAAUUUGCAUAAAAAGUUCACAUUGCGUUAGAUCUAAGAGAGAAAUAAAGGGGCGAAAAACAAACAGACACACUCCAGCAAAAGCAACCGACAUCUAACAACAGCAACAACCCUAAAUUCAAAAAAAUUAACGUCAACCAGAUCCAUUUCUCCUCAAAUUCCUUCAAUUUCGGCGUCAAUCAGCAAUGCCAGUCAGUGAUCGGAUGCGGCUGAUUGAGGCAUUGUCUUAGACCUAAGGCGGUUCGGAAUGGACAAAAAAUCGAACCGGACCGAUCUGCUUGCUGCUGGCCGCAAAAAGCUUCAACAAUAUCGUCAGAAAAAAGAUACUAAAGGGAAGGAUGGGAAAGGAAAGGAUGGAAAAAGCAGUAGUAGAUCCACCAGUAAAGCUGAUAAAUUUGAACAAGAUGAAGCUGAUGCCAAUUCGGUCUCUGCUGCUGGUACAAAGAAGGCAGAAUCAUCUCAAGCUUCUGGAGCUGAAGUUGAAUUAUUAGUGAAUUCUGUAGAUUCUAUCAUUGAUACCCAGAAGGCUUUGGAGAAUUCAGAAGGUACCUCUGCUGAUACGCAGAAUGCUGUUGACAAUAAUGUGUUUGUAGAGACUUCGUCGAACCGUGAACCUGACUGUAGUACUCCAACCAAAGGAGAGGUUGAGAUAGAUGCUCAUGAAGUUGAAGGGUCUGGGACAUCAGAAUCUACCAAAUCAAACACUGUUCAUGAUGAUGUUUUGGCUGUUGCUACUGACUCUUCCCCUGAAGCAGCAUCUGAUACUGAAAUGGUUGCUGCUGUUUUUGUUGAAGCAAAGGGGCAGCUUGUGGGAGAUCAGGUAUCAGUUGUAGGGGCAAUGCAGGAAGCUGACAGUUUUGAUCCUAAGAAUUCUGAUAGAAGUGUCGCGCUGGAGCUGGGAGAUUAUAAGGCAAUUGAGGCUUCUGUUCCUGUUGAGACAACCUCUGUCGGUGCUGAAAUAGCAAGUCCGACAAUGCUGAAUCGGGAAGGAGUUGAUGUGAACCAGUCAUACAAUGAAAAUGCACUUGCUGUGCAAUCCAUAAGUGAUUCGAGAGAUUCUGAAAGAGAAGAAAAUCAAGCUGAUUCGGAUCAGAGAGUUGUUGAAGGUUACGGUGAGGCAUACUUACCUGAGGGUUCUAGUGUGAUUGAUGUCAAAAGUCACGUAGACUCUGUUAAGAGCAACCUUGGAGAUUCUACUGAGGUCCGAUCUUUGUGCCAUGUUGUACAUGGAAACUCCUUGGAUCUUGUUCAGCUUGCAGAGGUACUCAAGGGGCUUCCUGAAGGUGAUUUUAGGUAUCUGAUCAAGUCAAGAGAAAUAAGAGAUUAUGGCAAUCUUCCUGUGCCCAAAAAUGAGAUAGUUGCUCUUUCUGCGACAUUGCAGGAGCAGCUUUAUCUUGCAAAUAUUUCGAAAGACUUUUUUCACUUGCAACUUCUGGAGCAGCGUGAGCGACAAACUGAUCGUGAUCUUGAUGAGUGUAGAUCUGAACUGGAGAAUGCUAUCAGCGAGAAACUAAACUUUCAGAACCUGUAUCACGAUGCCAAGGAAGAGUGUGUGGAAUUUUCUGCAAAAGUUGAUGAACUGAAGAUCAAAUUGGAUGAAUCAGUCGCGCAGAUCUCCAGUCUUUCUGCAGAUAUGGCCAACUCUGAUGUUAUUCUGGAAGCUGCACAGCUAGAGAAUGAAAAGCUACUGAAAAGUCUCGCAUUAGUGUCUGAGCAGCGUAACGAAUUUGAGGAGGUGAUGAAACAAUAUUCUUAUGAAAAUGAGAAGCUUUCACUGGGUAUGGCUGAUAGUGAUACUCAACUGGCCACCUUGGAGCAGGAAAUUACCAACUUGAAAAUGACCCUUUCUUCUAUGACUGACGAGAGGAAAAAGUUUGAGGAGGAAAAGGAUUACCUUUUUCAUGAGAAGGAGAUGCUUUCAGAAGAUUUAGCAGAUUGCAGGAGAGUGAUUGUGGAUUUACAGCAGGUAAAUUCUGGUUUGAAUACAAGCCUUGCAGUCUUUACUGAAGAAAGUAAGAAGCUGAAGGACCAUGAAGAGUUCCUUGCCCAUGAGUUCGAAAGACUUUCUACAGAGCUCGUUGUUUACCAAGAUAAGGUGUCAAUACAACAUCAGGAACAUGUGCAGCUUGAGGCUGAACUGAAAGAAGCUAUGUCGCGCCUUGAACAGAUGGCCGAGGAAAAUAUUUUCCUUCAUAGCAGUUUAGAAAUUUAUAAAGCUCGAGUCGCUGACACAGAUAGCAGGCAAUUUCAGCUUUCUUCUGUUGGGACUCGUAGCUCUGCGGAAAAUUCGUUGAAAGGAGAUGAUGAAGCUGCAUUGCAGUCAGUGGCUCCUGCAGGUGGAGAAUUUGACGGCAUAUCCCUUGUUGAGCUGCCAUCUGGUUACAGUGAGGGUUCUUCUAUUAUGAGGGGAUGUCUGGAGGAGGCUGAGAAAAUAAUGCAAAAACUCGAAAAGGCAGUUGACUACAUGCAUUCUCACUCAGUAUCCCUGAGUCGGUCAUCUGGUAAAGGAGUAUCAAAAUUAAUUCAAGCUUUCGAGUCCAAAGGUAAUGUUGAUGACAAUGAGUCUGAAGAAAACCCCACAAUUGAAAGUGUGGGGCCUCUAGAUCCUUAUGUGGCUGCAAAGGAGCAAAUAAGUUGCUUGGGAAAUGUGCUUCAGGCACUGGUUCAGAAUGUCAAACACGUGGAUACUCUGGUCAUGGAUGAAAAUAAUCGCUGUAAAGCUGCUGUGGUCACCUGUGGGCAGCUGGAGGUUGAAGUUGAAGCUCUAAAGGAUAUGAGUAAUAAUCUUGAAGCAAGGAACAUCGAGCUGGAAGUUAUUUGUGGAGCUAUGAAUCAGCACGCAUAUGAUACUGAAGCAAAGAAAACUCAGCUAGAAGAUUUGUGUGAAUCCUUGAAGAGCCAGUAUGCUGGUCUUCAGUUGCAGAAUAUUAAGCUUGUCAAGAAGUUGACAGACACUCAUUCUAGAGUUUGUGAGCUCCAGAUUCAGCUGAAGGAAAUACAAAAAAGCUCAGCUGAGGUGGCCUCUACAAUUCUCAGCGAAGUCGAAACCAUGCAAAGGGAAAUGAGAGAGAAUAUAUUUUCAGUUGGAAGGGAAUGGAGCUCUUCCUUCGCAGCGCUUGCUCCGAUUGUUCAGAAGCUUGAUUCAGCUAUUCAAUCUGCAGUUAGCUACUCUCUUCCGAGUGAACUAAGCCAUGACUUGAACGGCCACUUCUCCUUCUCUGUAAAUUCUGCCUGUGAGGUGAUUGAAAAUUGCAGGUCAAAGCUUGAAGCUCAUGAUGAGCUUUCUAGUUCAUAUAGACAAUUAGAGGAAAAGCUGUGUGGUGUUGAUGAAGAGCGCAGUUUAGCCAUUGGUCUAUUGCGAAAAAUUUCUGCUGAUCUAAUGAAUUUGCUGAAUGUUGCUGGUGAACACUUUGAAGAUAGUGAAUUUUACAGUAAAGAGAGCUACCAACAGGAUCCUUUAGACGCCGGUUAUUAUGAAGCUCUUGUCGCAAGAGUGGGCAAUAUGCUUGGUGACAUACAGCUGCUUAAGGAGUCCAAUAGCAAUUUAUCCACCGACUUGUUUAAUAGAGUCAGUGACAUUGAGGAAUUAAACAAAAGGUGUCUGGACACUGACUCAUUACUGAAGCUUUGUUUGGAUGUUAAAGAAGUGCUUAAGGUCCAAGAUACAGAGGUGGAUAUAGAUGAUGCACCUGUUUCACGCCUGCAGUCUGCAGUUUCGUUGCUUAUUCAGAAAUACUUGGAGCUGGAAGAGCAGGCCAGCUUAUCUAUUAAAGAUAUUAACUCUAGAGUGAUGGAGUUUAAUGAGCUGCAAGGCUAUGUUGAGUUGUUGAACUCUUCGAUUAUUCAGCAGCAGAAUGAUAUCCUUGUUCUCAGGGAGAGCUUGGUUCAAGCAAAGGAUGGCUGUGAUGCUAUGCAGACUGAGUUACUGAAUAAAGUCAAGGAGCUAGAGCAGUCAGAACAGCGGGUUGCUUCUGUUAGAGAAAAGCUGAGUAUUGCUGUUGCAAAAGGGAAAGGCUUGGUUGUGCAGCGUGACAGUCUUAAACAUUCUCUGGCUGAGAUGUCAAGUGAACUUGAAAAAUGCUCCCAGGAGUUGCAGUUGAAAGAUGCUAGGCUUCUUGAGGUCGAAGAGAAACUGAAGGACUAUUCAGAGGCUGGUGAACGUAUGGAAGCUCUGGAAUCUGAGCUGACAUAUAUCCGUAACUCUGCGACGGCGCUGAGAGAGUCAUUUUUUCUGAAAGAUUCUAUACUUCAGAGGAUAGAGGAGAUUUUGGAAGAUCUUGAGCUGCCGGAUCAUUAUCACUCUAAAGACACCAUUGAGAAAGUUGAUUGGCUAGCAAAGACUGUUGCUGGCAAUUCUUUUCCGGCAGUUGAUUGGGACCAAAGGAGUUCUGUUGGAGGAGGGUCGUAUUCAGAUGCUGGCUUUGCUGUUACCGAUGGAGGCAAGGAUGAUGUGCAACCAACUUCUAAUGUGGAUGAUGAUCUGAGAAGGAAAUAUGAAGAGUUGCAGACAAAGUUUUAUGAAUUGGCUGAACAAAAUGACAUGCUGGAGCAAUCACUGACGGAAAGGAACAUUUUGGUGCAGAGAUGGGAGGAGAUUUUGGAUAGAAUAAAUACACCUACCCAGAUACGAUCCAUGGAACCUGAAGAAAGGAUUCACUGGUUAGGAACUGCUUUAUCAGAGGCUGACCACCACAUGAGGUCUCUUCAGCAGAAAAUUGAGAAACUUGAGAACUAUUGUGAAUCAUUGUCAAAUGAUUUAGACGAAUCACAAAGAAAAAUUUAUGAACUCGAAUCAGCUCAUGAAGCAAUCUUUCAUGAGAAGGAAAGUGCAUUGUCUGAAGCUGAUGAGCACAUGAAGUCCCUUCAGCAGAAGAUUGAUAGCUUUGAAAGUUACUGUAGCUCACUGUCCACUGAUGUAGAAGAAUCACGUAGAAUAAUAUCGAAGCUUGAAUCCUCUUUGCAAGCUGCUACUCAAGGGAACGAGAUUCUGUCGAGUAGCUUGGUGACUUUGACCACUGAUCAUGAAAUAGCCAUGCAUACCGCUGUGCAGUAUGAGCUUGAGCUGGAUACAUUAAGGAAUGAAGUUGAUGUUUUGCAGGGGAACUUGGUAAAGAAGCUCAGUUAUGAGAAUCAGAUGAACCAGAUUGAAAGGGACUUGAAGAGAUUGCAAAUCUUGAUUCUUGAUGUGCUUCAGGAUUCUGGAGUUGAAGACGAGUCUCCUGAUGUGAGUAGUAUUCAAGUCUUGGAAAGAUUGAUCAGAAAACUUGUGAAUCAUGAUAGAGAAAUUGAUGCCGAAGGUCAUGAUCCUAAACCAGGUGUCCACAAUCACAUUAUAGAGCAUGCUGCAAAAGAAUUAACUAUGACUCAUAUAGAGAAUGAGCAUCUAUCUGAUAAGGAUGUUAUGGAAAUGGAUGAUUCCAAGUCUAGAAGCAGAGUCCACGAGGGGCAGAAUAUUGAAGAUCUGAGACGAGAUCUUGCUGAGGCUCUAGAUGAAUUAGUAACCGUUAGGGAAGAGAGAGAUGUAUACCUGCAGAAGAAUCAAUUUAUGUUGAGCGAAAUUGAAGAUUCGAACACGAGAAAAAAGGAGUUUCAGGAGCUGCUUAAUCAGGAAGAGCAGAAGUCAGCCUCUUUGCGUGAGAAGUUAAAUCUUGCUGUUAGAAAAGGAAAAUCACUGGUGCAGCAAAGAGAUGGUCUGAAACAGAACAUUGAGGAGAUGACUGCAGAGAUCGAUCGAUUGAAAUUCAUUAUAAACAAUCAUGAACAUUCACUUGUGGAGUCUGGUCAGAAGAUAAGUGAUUUGUCUCUUGAGCUAGAAACGUACAAAGCAUUUGAAGCUGAGAACUUAUCCUUGAAUAACCGUCUGAAAGAAGCUGAACAACAUCUACAGCUAAAUAGCCAUACUUUGAGUAUGCUGCUUAGCAAACUUGGUGAGAUCCAUGCUGGUGAAGUAAUUGAUGCUCAGGAUCCACUGCAGAAGUUGGAAGGAAUUGUAAAAUUAUGCUCUGAUCUACAACACGUGGCUGCUUCAUCUGAGCAGGAGGCAAAGAAAUCCAAAAGAUCGGCAGAGCUUCUGCUGGCUGAGUUGAAUGAAGUUCAGGAACGGAAUGAUGGUUUGCAAGAAGAAUUGGAAAGAGCCUAUGAUGAAAUAUCAAAUCUCUCAAAGGAAAGGGAUAUUGCAUCUUCGGCCAAAAUAGAAGCUCUUUCUCAUCUUGGCAAAUUAUCUGAAGAGAGAGAGAAUCAACGUGCUGAACUUGAGAGGCUGAAGUCCAGUGUGCAUGGAGUGAAGAAAGUCUUCUUUGAUGUAUCUACUCUAAGUGAUGAUAUAUUUGCCAAGGAUUUAGAGCUUUUGCUCAAUGUAAAGGCUCGUAUGGAGCCUUGCAUGGAACUUGGUGCGGACUCUGUACGUGCUAAAGAUCAUGGUGGCCGUGUCUCUGUUAAUUCCAGAUUCAAGGAUUUUUGGUCAAAAACUUCUUCGUGGGGAAAUAAGACCCCGGAUUCAUUUGAUGAAGGUGCUGAUUUUGAUAUUGAGCAGCACCUUCAGCAGCUAACAGAAAAGAUUAGUGAUUUUAAGGAGAGAAUACAUGGCCACUCAAUGUCAUUGAGAACAGAGAUCGAGUUGGUAUCCACUGCCAUUGGCACCAUGCUAAGAGAAAUUGCCUCUCAAAGGAGCUCCUUGGAAUCCAUCAAGGGUGACAACAUCCGUCUUGAAUCAAUUGAGAAGGAAAAAGACAUGGAGGGAAUUGUGAUGCGAAGAAGCAUAUCACUUCUCUACGAAGCAUGCACUAGCUCAAUUAUGGAGAUUGAAGACAGAAAAGCCCAAUUGAUCGGUGACACUUUUGCAAAUGAAAAUCUGAGGAUCAAUCUGCCAGCUUUACCUAUAGGUGAUGGAGGAAAGUUCAGUGGGGAUGCUCUUUCAUCUUCUGAGGAAUCUGUAAAAAGCCUGGCGGAUAGGCUAUUGGUGGCUGUGAAAGAUAUUGUUGAGAUUGGAACUAAGAGUUUUGAAGGUCAUAAUAAAGAGUUGAAAUCUACAAUAUUAGAUUUGCAGAAGGAGCUUCAAGAAAAGGAUAGCCAAAGAGAACGAUUAUGCAUGGAGCUUGUAAGUCAAAUCAAGGAAGCUGAAGCUACUGCAGCAAAUUGUUCCCGGGAUCUGCAAUCAAUGACGAAAUAUGCUCAUGACUUGGAGGACAAGUUAGAAGCAUUAGGCAAUGACAGGAGUUUGUUGGAACAGAGGGUGGCUGAACUACAGCAUGAAUAUCUUAGUUCAACAGAGUUAGGAGAAAAGGUUAAGUCAUUGACUGAUACAGUGGCUGCCAAAGAACAAGAAAUUGAGGCUUUAAUGCAAGCACUAGAGGAGGAGGAGAAUCAGAUGGAAUCCCUGAGAAGUAAGGUUGACGAGUUGGAAAAAGCAGUGCAGCAGAAGAGUAUUGAUUUGGAGCAUGUAGAAGCUUCUCGUGCGAAGGCCCUUAAAAAGCUGUCUGUUACUGUGAGCAAGUUUGAUGAACUGCACCAUAUGUCUGAAGGUCUUCUAUCAGAAGUUGAAAAUCUUCAAACGCAGUUGCAGGAUCGAGAUAGAGAAAUUUCUUUUCUAAGGCAAGAGGUCACUAGAUGCACAAAUGAUGUCUUAGAAGUAACAAAAAUGGCAAAAGAGCGAAGUUCUGGUGAACUUUAUGAUCUUUUGACAUGGUUGGAUACAAUGUUUUCUGGUGUUCUGAAGCGUGAUGCCCAUGGUGUUGAUGAUAAUGUUUCUCAUGUUCCUGAAUACAAGGAGCAUGUUGAGAGGGAUAUAACAUGUAUAAUAUCAGAAUUGAAAGAUUUGCGGGUUGCAGCACAAAAUAAGGAUACACUAUUGCAAGCAGAACAGAAUAAGAUAGAAGAGUUGCUGCACAGAAAAGCAGCUCUGGAAGCUUCAUUGCAUGAGAAGGAGCUAUAUCUAAAUUCUCUCCAGGGUGGUGGGGUAUCUGGAUUAGGAACCUCUGAAAUCGUCGAGGUUGAACCAAUGAUGAACAAAUGGACAUCAUCAGUUACUUCUUCUCAAGUCCGGAGUUUACGCAAAGUGAACAAUGACCAAGUAGCAAUAGCUAUUGAUGCAGAUGCUGGAAGUUCUGGUAGAAUUGAGGAUGAGGAAGAUGAGAAAGUCCACGGCUUUAAAUCACUUACAACAUCGAGGUUCAUCCCCAGGUUCACAAGGCCUGUCAGUGACAUGAUUGAUGGUCUAUGGGUUUCUUGUGACCGAGCACUAAUGCGUCAGCCUGCUUUGCGUCUUGGUAUUAUGAUUUAUUGGGCUGUAUUACAUGCAUUUCUAGCCUCAUUCAUAGUUUGACGAACUGCUGUUUAUAAGUGAAUCAAUACGUCUGUGGCCAAGUGAGAGAUGCAAUUGCCUGUAACGGUAUUUUGUAUCAAUACGCACCAUACGAACUACCAAGGUUGUACUGUUUCAAAGUUCAGGUCUAUUUUAAAAUGUGCAAACUGAGAUUUGCUGCUGUUUUAUUGAUGGUGAAUCUCAGUCAGCUUGGCUACAUUCUAGGAGGAGCCAUUGUUACCGUUAGCAGUAUAUGUUCGUGAAAGACGAAGCAUUUUUGUUACAUGGAGUACAGCUACAAAUGUGUGGUUUUGCACACUCAUACAGGUUUCUGUAGGCUUGGAGCCGUGUACAAUGUACAAAAGAAUUUAGUUAGCAACAUGCGGUUCUUGAUUUUGUGAAUUUAUAAAUUCUUUAGUACAUCAACUACAUGUGGAAUAGAAAGAAAGGCUUUGAUUUACCUGAAUUGGAUUCAUAGCAGUAUCCUUUUGUAGCAUACGUUGCAUAAGGCUAGAAACAUCUAUGGUGUUUGAUUGGUUUUGAAUUGUUGAUAUGGCAAAGCUUACUAAUUUUUUAGUUAGGUUAUUGACUGAAUAUGUUUUAUGGGAGAACAAAGAUUAAAGACAAUUUUAUAAUUUCA